AGGAUUAACAAAAGACAACAGUUUCAUUUCUAUAACACCUACUUACACCCCCUAUUGUUGUCCAAGAUCUCUGAUUCAUACUGAUCCACUAAUGCUUCAAUUUCUCAUUGCGUUGUUUUUAAUGGUCCAUCUUCACACACCGACACUGUGUUGUGGCGACUGACAUGUGUAGGUAUCAUAAGUGAGCUGCACCUGCAUUUUAUAAAUGCAUUGGAUGGGUUCGUUUACCCAACAAUAUUUUGGUAGGUUUAGUUUACGACAAAAUCUAAGGUGGAAAAUCAUGGUAUCUUCUUUACCGAGAAUCCCUUUCUUACUUGUACUUAGAUUCAUCUUGUGAAUAUGCAAUUAUCGUGCACCAUUUUCACAAGAUGUUUUUUUCUUUCUCCCUUUUCCCUCCUUUCUCUUCCUUCCUCCAUUUCGAACCAUCCUCCUUGCUUCCUUCCUUCCCUCUCAUUUUUCAUUCAUUUUCUCUCUUUUUUUCUUUCGUGUUCAUCAUGGAGAAGCGGUGGGGCUGGAGGGUCGUGGAUAAACACUUUUAUGGUUGGGUAAUAUCCGAUGUGGUGGUGGUGAGUGGUGAUGAGAUCGCCGGAAACACUGAAAGGAGAAAGAGGAAGGAAACUAAGCAUCAGGGGAGAAGAGGGAGAGAAGGAAAUAAGAUAAGAAAAAUUUAGUUUUGCCUUAAGAAUACAUCUCUAGGAGGAAGAAGUUUAGAUAUGAUACAAUGGGUAGGGUGUCUCUAGAGUCAUGCCCUCAAAUUAUGCUACAGGAGUCGAUGAUGAGAACAAUGCUUUCGUGGGUGAGGAAAGAGCAUUCAACCAUGAUAACCUAAAUAGCUUUCUAAGUUUCUUACUACAUUUAGGUUUCUUUAUUUCGGUUUUGGAAGUAGAGGUUUUUUUGUUUUUUUUUUUUCAUUAAUGCUAUUUUUGAAAAGGUUUCCAUUGACUUUAUAAAUUUUAUAUCCAAUUUUACAUUUUUUUUACCCUUUAUCUCUUUUUCUUCUUUAUCAAUAGGUUUAAUCAUUUCCGACAUCCCUAUUUAUGCUGGAUUGUCUCAAUUUGGUCCAUGUAUUUCUAAACUUCUCGAUUUGGUCCUUAAUUUUGCAAAUUUAACUCAAUUGAGAUCUUCCCGUUAAGUUGGCUAGACGGUGUUACAAAAAUUGAAACGUGGGUUGGUGACAAGACGAAGUCUUUCUGACGUAGCAGACGUUGGUCAUGUUACAUGGCUUUGCAUCAUUUUUAUAUUUAAAAUUUAUUACUUCAUAUCAAAACGCAACGUUUCAAUUAAAAAAAUAAGUGAUUAGUGUUUAGGUAACUCUGACUUGGGUCUAUAAUUGAGGAGAAUAACUCUGACUGGGUGAUAAUUGGGGAUAAUUGGGAGAAUAGGGUUUUGUCGAGGGUUGGGUUUGUGGUUGGAAUUUGGGGGACAAUUGGGUAUAUCGUUGGUAUUUGGAAUAGUUGGUGAGUAAAUAGGUUUCUUUUUAAGAUUUCUAAGUGAUCAAUCAGUGCUAUUUUGGUGGAAUUGGGAAGGUAUUGUCGGUGAAGCACGUGGAAGACAGUGGCAAAAGUGUUCGUGGCAAAAGGUUAAAAUAUAAGUAUUGUGUUUUACGUCAUGGAAGAAAAUUUUGAAGUUGUUUUCCACCAUGGUGGAAAGUUCAUAAAUGAAAGGAAACUUAUCUAUGAGGGUGAGAGUACAACUUAUUCGUUUGACCCAUACGUUUGGAGCUAUUUCCUGGUAGUAAGUGUAGUAAAAGGGUUAAGUUACGAUGGGUUUAAGGAGUUGUUCUACUCUAUAGGUGGGUGUUCUGUCUUAGAAAAUAGGCUGGAGCCUUUGUUGGAUGACGUAGGAGCCAUGCAGAUGAUAACCUUAGCUAGGCUUAAUGGGCAGGUGCAUCUAUUUGUUGUUCAUAAAGUGUCCGAACCUGAAGUAAUUCAUAUGUUAGAAUAUGUUCCUGAAAAUACAGUUGAAGAGCAAGGUGAGGGUAUGGCUAAGGGUGAACAUGAAGACGAAGGUAGGGGUAUGGUUGAGGGGGAAUGUGAAGAGGAAGGUGUGGGUUUGGUUGAGGGUGAUCGUGAAGAGGAAGUUGGGGGUAUGGUUGAGGGUGAAUGUGAAGAGGAAGGUGGGGUUACAGUUGAGGUUGAAUGUGAAGAGGAAGGUGAGGGUAAUGUUGAGGGUGAAUGUGAAGACCAAGGUGAGGUGGCUGCCAAUGAAGUUGAUAAAAUUACUAAAAAUGUUGUUCUGGAUGAAGAAAGAGUUCAGGCUGAUGAUGUUGUUGAAGGUCACAUUGAAACAGAGGAUGUUGGUGAUGUUAGUAGCUGGACUUCUAGUCAUAAAGAUGAUGAUGGCAAUGAUGAUGUUAAUUAUGAGUGUAUGGAAGGUCUGGUUGAUGUUAAUGUUGAGUGUAAUUUAGAAGAAGAUGUAGGAGACGAAGUUGCAGAUUGGUUUGGUAAUGUCCAAGUUGAUGUGCAAUCUGAUGAUAGUGAUCUUGAUGAUGGAAUAAAUAGUGAUAAUGUUAGAGGUUUGUCCGAUGAUGAAUGGAAAUAUGAUGAAUUAGAUAGCGGAGCAGAAAGUGAUGGACAAGAUGAUGAAGAUGAGGGUUAUAGGAAGUUUGUAACAUUUUCCAUGCCUAAGUCAAUGGUAGAUUAUAAAUGGGAUGUGGGAACCUAUUUUACUGACAAGCAAGACUUUGUGGAUGCCAUCAAAACAUAUUUAGUACAAAAUGGUAGAAAUAUUAAAUAUCUUAAAAAUGAUAAGAAGAGAUGUAGGCUAAAAUGUAUGGGUGCUAAAGGACAGUGCCCCUGGAUGGCAUAUUGUGCUUAUAUGGAAGCCAUUCAUAUGUGGCAAUUCAGGACUAUUGUUGACAAUCACAUAUGUAGUAGAGGGAACAAAUUAAGAUUACUUAAUGCAAAAUGGCUCAGUAAGAGGUUGGAAAAAACUGUUAGAGAAAAUCCCCAAGUAAAGGGAGUGGAAAUUCGGGAGAAGAUUAGUAGAAAAUGGAACGUAGGUGUCUCUAGAUGUAUGGCUUAUAGGGCAAAGGCCAUUGCUUCAGACCAUGUUGAUGGUUCUUUCAAAGACCAAUAUAGAAAGAUUUAUGACUACGCAAAUGAGCUCCUAGCUCGUAAUCCAGGAUCAACGGUGAAGGUCAAAGUUGAAGAGACAGUGGAUGGACACAUUUUUAAGAGGUUUUAUAGAUGUCUGAAGGCCUGCGAGGACAGUUUUGUGUCCUGCAGGCCAAUUAUUAGGCUAGAUGGUGCUUUUCUGAAAGGGAAAUAUGGUGGAGAAAUGUUAACUGUUGUUGGUAGAGAUGCAAAUGACCAAAUGCUACCUCUAGCUGAUGCUGUGGUGGAAGUUGAGAACAAGGAGACUUGGAGAUGGUUCCUUGAACUUCUGGUUGAAGAUCACGGUGGGAUUGAAGUAGCUUCAUCAUUUACAUUCAUGUCGAACCAACAAAAGGGACUGCUGCAAGUUGUACAAGAAGUGGUCCCUAGAGUUGAUCAACGUUUCUGUGUUAGGCACUUAUAUGCGAAUUUUUGAAAGCAAUUCCCUGGAAAACAACUAAAGCGAUUGAUGUGGAAGGCAGCUACAACAAAUCCACAAACAUGGGAAGCAGAAAUGAGAAAUAUAAAACAGCUUAAUGAUGACACUUUCAAAUAGUUGUUAAAAAUCCCUCCAAGGCACUGGUCAAGAUCAAGAUUUACUAGCAAAUCUCAAUGUGAUACUUUGGUAAACAACAUGUCAGAGGCUUUCAAUAGUGUAAUGCUACAUACAAGGUCUAAGCCAAUCGUAAGCAUGUUGGAGGAGAUUCGCCUUUAUUUGAUUAAGAGAUGGGCAACUAACAGGACAAAAAUCCAAUCAUUGUUUGGGGAGAUUUGUCCAAAAAUCAAGACUAGACUAAAUAAGGAGUCUCAGUUAACUAAGUAUUGGAUUCCAUGCUGGUCAGCCAAUAAGAUAUUUGAAGUUCGCCAUGUGUCCCAGGCUAGUGAUAAGUUCACAGUAAAUUUAGAUGAAAAAUUGUGUUCAUGCAGGAAGUGGGAAAUCAUUGGCAUACCAUGUUGUCACUCCUUGGCUGCUAUGAAAUUCUUAAAUGUAGAUGCAGAGGACUUCAUUCCAUGUUGCUUUAGGAAGUCAACAUAUGAAGAGAUAUACUCUUCAAUUAUCUACCUAAUAAAUGGUAACAAUAUGUGGGAGAUUACCACAUAUGUUGAUGUCCUCCCUCCACCAAAAAGGAUAUUGUCUGGGAGGCCAAAGAAGAAGAGAAGGUUGGAGCAAUGAGAGCUGGUUAAGGACGACAAAAGAAUGAGGAAGGGUGGUUUAAAGAAAAGAUGUGGCAUUUGUAAGGAGCUCGGCCGCAACAGGAAGUCUUGCACCAAAAGAAAAGAGGCACCUGAUUUGAACUCCCACCAACCUCCUCAAACUAACUCAUCAAAUCAGGAUCAAACAGUAGUCCAAGGGGAUGAAUGAAGAAUUUUAAUGUAUUUUUUGUAUGUUUUUGUAUAAGACAGCAGUUUGUU